UAGUGUUGUCAGCUGAUCAUGGAUGUAAACAGACGCAGUAUCAGUCACCACUUACUAGACAAUGUUCACAAAUUCUCUUAAUUGUCCUCUUACCAUGUAGCUAUGAAUCAUCGAGGAAGAUAUUUGAAUUAUUGGAUUUGUUUGUGCCUCGUGUGUUGUGUUUGUGAUGUUACUUUGAGUGAAAAUGUAACUGUGGUGAAGGAGCCAGAUGAAGGAGCCAACCAGACCGCCUUCACAAACCUUGGACUAAAAUAUAAAACAAAUGUAGAUAAUAAUACAACUAUAUGUGAAAAUAAGACCGGUAAAUUAAAAGCUCAGCACAAAGUGUAUUCGAUGAGAAACAACACCCAUAAAAUCAUCGCCAUCUGUAGGAACACCACCAUCGCUGUCAACAUAACAGAUAUUGAUAGAGAGAGUGUCAGUUUUCUCAUUGUCCAGGCCCACUCUCAGAAUCGAUAUCUUAUUCUUAGUAAUAAAUUAAAGCAUGAACCAGGCUGUUAUGUCAAUAGCACUAGUCCAGGACUGAAGGUGGAUGUUGAUGACAGUCACGCAUCAAAAAAUGAAACAUCGUGUUCCUCACCAACAAUCACAAUAAAGAUAUUACAGUCUUGUUCAUGGGUGAAUUACACCAAUGAGGAGCCAAUCCCAGGUAACUAUAAGGCGCUAACAACCUCACUCAGCCUUACCUAACCAUGGAGCCCAACCUACUAACAACAAAAGUCACCUACCGCGCUGCCUCCUACCCUGACUCAGAAUCAAGUCCUGCUGAAGGACAGCUCAAAUAUGAGACUUAUCUUGCCUACAUGUAAAGAGAAAGACCUGAGUGAGAACAAGUACUGGAACAUGCUGAUUGCCACAAGUACUCUUAAAGGCCUCAGAGAAAAUGCCAAAUGUGUGGUGGAGGCAAAAAAUAAUAAUACAGCAGAACAGCUGAGUCAUUGGUUUGUGUCUUACUCUGGGGUCGGGGCGGUGAUCACCGUGGUUGUGUCGUACAAUAACUCUCAUGGUACUCUCUACUCAUCUACUGUUUCCUAUGGUUGUGAUUUUAUUGAAGCAGAAGAGUACAGAUGUACAAAACUUGUAACUCCAAUGGCAAAAUUUUUCUGUGCCUCACUGUUAUUCAUUGGAGGGAUCCUGCUCUUCCUGGGUCACCGUUGGCUCAACUUUACCAUGUUCAUCGCCGGCUUCCUCUUCUUUUGGUGUGUUUUCUUUCUCCCUUUUGCUCAAGUUAAUAGGAACAACAUCAUUGGACUAGAGUGGGGCACUUUAAUUGGUGCUGUAGCUGGUGGAAUAGUGUGGCUUAUAGGGUGGCACAAGUUCCAGCGACCUUUCCACUCAUCUUUGUUGAUCAUUGUUAUGACCGUGAUAUUUGUGGGUAUGGUGGUCACAUACUUCCUCAGAUACGCCAUUGCUCCAAAGACCACAAACCUUGCAGCGUUUGUGGUGUUCCCAGUCUUCUUUGCUAUCGUCAUCAUUGCCUACUCCAUUGUUGAUAUCAAAAAGGUUCAUAUAUUCUCCUGUGCAUUACUGGGGUCCUAUGCAUUUACGGUUCCCUUUGCAUUUUAUUUUGGAUCGUCUCUGACAUAUAUAGUGAUAAAUGUCAUCGGACUCAUGACUGUUAUGGACUACUCAGAGGCCGUGGGAUACCCCCCCUUUCAAGUCUGUG